GCAAAAAAAACAAGAGACAAAAAACGAAUUUUGUUGUGAUUUGGAUUUAGAGAAAUUAUAAAAUAAAAUUACAUAAUUAACUGACGAUGGCUCCGAUAAUACGCUGUGCUAUAGACAAUUGCAAAACUACAUCUGUAAACAAGACUCCAGAUGUAACUUUCCACCGAUGCCCAUACAAUUCUGAAAUGAGUAAUAAAUGGCUCAGAGUACUAAAACAAAGAUGCACUGCAUUUGAUUCCGUAGAUAGUAAGAUCUGUUCAAAACAUUUUGAAUUAAAGUAUUUUGAUGCACAAAAGAAACUGAAAGAAAAUGCCGUGCCAACGUUAUUUUCUUCUGCUAGUCACUCACUAUCACUGAGGUCAAUUGGAAAGUCUGACAGUGGAAAAACGAAAAUUGAAAAAAUAUUAAAUAGAAUGACACAAGCAGACCUGACUGCCGAUAUCAAGCUAAAUUUGGCUCAUUUAAAAGAACCAAUGCAUUUAGAUAGUUUUGUUACAGAUGAUUUAAAAUGUAAAUCUGAUGCACCUAAUGCAGCUAACUUGUGGCUUAUGAUUAAGAAGCAAGAACAUCUCAAUACAAGACUUAUGGACCUAGUGGUACAAACUAAAAAACAUGUGGAGAUACUGCAGAAAAGCAUGGAAGAAUCGAGACUUGUUAAAAAAGAACAAGAACAAAAUAUAGAAUCAUUAAAAUACAUUGUUAAAUGUCUUCAAGAAAAACAAACCACUCUUGAAGAGCAGAUUGAAAUAUUGACUGCAGUAGAAUCAAGAUAAAAUAUUGCAAAUUUUAUAAUUUAAAGGGGACCUAUACAUUUCUUAUCUUUUCUGGUUUUUAAUAA